AUGCCACAAAGGCUGCCCCUGAGUUGUGAGAAUUGUCGACAGAGAAAAAUCCGUUGUUUUGGAUCGGGCGUGCCUUGUGAUACCUGCCUCAAGCGUGGAGUGGCGUCUACAUGCCAUUUCAAGCGCAACGUUGAACGAAACAAGCAACCAGAACGACUCGAGGCGUCCCAGGUCCUUCUUCUACGGCGAAUCUCAGACCUCGAAAGUCUCCUGGUUCAAAAUAUCGAGCUCGCCUCGACAUAUCACGCGCGACCGAACGAGGCUCUCCGUUCGCCCGUAUCCCAAAAUGAUCUCUCGCAGCCCCUGGACGAAAUAGCCGACAAUGAUGUCCCAAUCCUCACGGAUACCAGCCGAAUUACUGGCAACAGUGCGCGUCCUCGGCAUGUGCAGGUUGGUACUAUCAUCGAGUCGCCGUCGGGCCAUGUGCGUUACAUGCCUCACGGGACCGGUCGGGAUCCAGAUGUUUUCCACUCGCUUCAAGGCCAAUCUCAAUCCGAUGCAGCGUCUAGCGUGUUUAUCUUUGGAGAGACACUUCCCAGCAGGCAAUCUCUUCUGGAUACCCUGCCACCUUUUCGGCAUUGUGAUGAACUGCUGGCCACAUUCAACCAAGUGUUCUCUCCUCUCUUCCACAUCCUACACGACGGGACAUUCGCAUCGAACUAUGCCGAAUUCAAACAAGAUCCUCAAAAUGCCCCUUUUCCUUUCAUCGGUCUGAUAUUUGUCGCCUUAGGGCUUGCUGUGACUGCCAUCCCGAAAGAAAGUGCCGUACUGUCAGACUUGGGCCGGGAGGCAUCCCCCGCAGAAAGCGCGAGGUCAUUAGCAGCGAAAUAUCGGCAGGCGGCGAUGAAGUGUCUAGCUGCAGAUAACUUCAUGUGGCAGCAUAACUUGCAAACUUUGCAAUGCCUUGUUUUGCUGAUUUAUGCCAUUAACCACGCGCAGGGCCCGGCCUGGGCCCUUCUCGGAACGACGCUCAACAUUGCCAUUGCUAUCGGGUGUCAUAUCGAUCCCGCACUGCUAAACUUGCACCCUGUUGAGGUUCAAGAGAGGCGACGAGUCUGGGCGGGGUUGAUGAUGCUUUACACUAUUCAGAAUACCUGCCUUGGGAAUUUGGCCCCGUUUAUUGUUGAGAAUAAUGUACAGCUACCGGCAGACGUGGAAGACACAGAUAUCAUUCCUGAGAUUUUGCACGAGCCAUCAUCAAGACAGAGGCAACCGACAAAAAUGUCAUACAUCUUAUUCAAGUUUCGACUAUACGCUCUGGCUUCAAGCAUAUGCACACUGAGCUCUGGAACGUCCGCUCCCUCUUUGAGCGAGAUACAAGCGCUUGAUUAUCAGAUCUAGACUGAAUUGCUAGCCCAGUCAGAUCGUUUCUCAACGCAAGUUGUCUUGCCGUUAUAUCACCAGGCGCAUUCCUUUAUUUUGAAUAACUACACCAACCACUUGACUUUGAUACUACAUCGGACUUUUCUCAUGAAGCCAAACGCAUUCGAAGACGCGAGUCCCACAACAAGCCACGAAAAAUGCGAGAAGGCUGCUCUUGCCAUACUGUCAAACCAUGAAACUCUGAGCUCGCGGCCCGAAUUUCAACCGUACAGCUGGUACAUCCAUGGACUUGGUUCAUUCC